AUGGAUAACGCAAACCUCUGGACCCGCAGAUCUAACGCUUCCAAGUUGUCUCUGUCGAUGACAGGGUCGGACGGCGCUAGAGUUGAACUUCCCCGCGCCUCGAAACGGUUUGGCCCAGAUAGCUCUCACGGUGGUCGAUCCAACCCUUUCAACGCCCUGUCGCCUCUAUCUGGCGGCGUCUCUUCCCCGUCGACAAACGCCUCCUCUGCGUUCGGCCUGGGCUCUGGUGCCUUCGCGUCAUUCGGAGCCCCCAAGACUCCCGGAGCUUCCGACGUCAAGACUCCUGGGUUCGAGAAACGGGAAAACCCUGUCGACCAGGAACUGGCGGCGGAAAGCGUCAAAGCCAAGGCCGCAUUCGCGAUCAAAGAACAUCCGCUCAAGUCCACAUGGAUCAUUUGGUACCGCCCGCCGACACCUAAGUACUCCGAUUACGAAAAGUCCACCGUCCCCCUCGCAGCGAUAUCCUCGGUGGAGAGCUUCUGGUCGGUCUACUCGCACCUCAAGAGACCGUCGCUCCUUCCUACCGUCUCCGAUUACCACAUCUUCAAGAAGGGCAUCCGUCCCGUCUGGGAGGACGAUGCCAACAAGAAGGGUGGCAAGUGGGUGGUCCGGUUGAAGAAAGGCGUGGCGGACCGGUAUUGGGAGGAUCUGCUUCUGGCUAUGGUUGGAGAUCAGUUUGCGGAAGCGGGUGAUGAGGUGUGCGGAGCUGUCUUGAGUGUGCGCAGUGGGGAGGAUGUGCUGAAUGUGUGGACUCGGAUCGAUGGGGGACGGAAUAUCAAGAUUCGCGAAACCAUCAAGCGUCUACUCAACUUCCCCACCGACACCAACAUCGUCUGGAAGAGUCACGACGACAGCAUCGCUCAACGCUCGGCGAUCGAUCAGGCUCGCCAGGAUAAGGCCGCUGGUAGCACCGGGCACCACCAUCACCACCACCACAAUAACCACAACAACACCCAACAACAACACCACCAUCAGCAGCAGCACCAGCAGCUGGGUGGAGAUCGACGACGAGCCCCGACGACGGCUAGCGAGGAGUCCGACUACAAGAGCAAGGCGGCUUUGUCUUGA